AUGAAGGAUAGCUUGUUAUUGUGCACCUGCCUAGCAGCCUUUUCCGCCACUCUCCACGCACAGUCCGGCGGCGUCCAACAUGAGAAGAGAGGCCUGGGGGGCAUGCUCGGCUUCUCCGCACCAUCACAAUCAUCCAACCCUCAAGCCACCGGCCCACCCCGGGAUCCUUCCGCACCCGUCAACGGGACCUGCAAAGCUCUUCCAUUGACAAGGGAAACUUGGAAGACGCUCAACUUGGACGAAUAUCUGCGCACUUAUCCUGGCGGCGAUCACCUCACGGUCUCGCAAUACGCCGCCUCCAAAGGAGCACCCAACUUUGACUGCGGUGUUGGAAACAAGUGUAACGCUGGCCAGGUAUGGAGGUCUUCGAAUGAGAACCCCUUUGCCAAGCCGCGUGCAUCACUCUCAUUUAACUGUCUUCUUCCCUACAGCUCUGCUAUCCCGUUCCCGCGCCGGACUGCCACUAUAUCUAUCAUUUUGUCCGCAUUAUUUCCGGCAAUGGAUCCACGCAUGGUCCAGAUGAUCAAACUCAAUUUCGCAGUCAACGCCGCAUUCAUGAUGGUCUCCAACACCCUCUUCUUGGACAUCCUAGUCCUUUUCAAUUCGCCACAGUUAGGCUGGAACUUGUUUUUCAACGUGCUCAACAACAUCAUCAACGCUGCAUCCUAUGGGGCUGCUGCCUUUCUGCCUGUUCCCAAGGAGGAGAAACACGAGGCAUUCACCGAGUGGUCUCAUCUUGUCGACGGUCUGGCCGUCUAUGAACAGAAGAUGAUCGACGGAAUCUCCCAGGAAUCCCAUAAAAUCCUCAACGCCCCAAUCAGCUCCAAAGACGGCAUGGCAGACAUCCUCAAAAAUGGAACCUACAUCGCUCCCCUCGAGCAAGUCUUCUUGCCAGCCAUCGAAACCGCUUUGAAAAAUGUGACAACCGCACUGUUCUUGACCAGGAUCCUCCGAUCAAUGGAUGCAUUCGUGACGAUUGGUAGUGACGUGUGCAACAACAAAGGGCCCAAUGGAGCGCUGGAAGGAGAUGACAAACUGUCGUACUGCGACACCUCAGGAACGAUGUAUAACAUCGUCCGGGUGAGCGACGAGAAGGGCAAGAAACACAAGGAUAAGGAGGAACGCACGUUCCCCAACGCGUUUGUGAUCGAAAACCGGCUCGGCUUCUCCACCCAGUUCUUGACCAACGCUUCGCUAUCGUGCCAGCAGAAGUAUGGCGGCUUCGAACACUUCCCUUGGGUCAACACCACAAUACCCAGGGACCCCAGUGCCGAUUGUGUCGUGAACCUUCCCGUGUGCGACCUUAGGAACAGAGGCGACCUUCAUCACACGAUCAAGAAACACGGCAUUGUAGCUGCCUGUCGACAGAUCGGCCUGCCCAUUUAA